AUGACUACGUCUACCAAUUCCGAUGUCGAGCUUUUGACAGAGCACUUCGGAUACCCUCCUAUUAGUCUCAUCGACGAUAUAAUCAAUAGCGUAAACGUCCUAGCAGAGCGCGCUCUCAACAGCGUCGAGCAAGGUCUUUUAAACGCUCCCCCAGCAACCAUCGGCUUCAAACCCUCCAAGCCGUCUCGCAGUCAUACCCACGAUGCGCAAAAACAACAGCAGCAACAGCAAGAUCCGGCCGAAGCCGCCAAGACGGAAAUCGAGUCCGGUACGCAUCAGUUAGAAACCCUACUAUGCGCUAGCAUCGACCGCAACUUCGACAAAUUCGAGAUCUACGUCCUGCGCAAUAUCCUAACCGUUCGCCCUGCCGACGUGCGCUCCUGGAUCCGUCUCUCCCAUUAUGACGGCCUGGAUUUUUCUACUACUUCGAAUGCGAAUUUGAAUCAGUCGCCUACCCUCGACAGCAUAAACCACCUCCGUCGCAAGCUACGCGAGAGCAUGCGUCUAAACGCCCUCCUUACCGCCGAGCGCGCGCGCAACGAGAAGCUGCUCAACGAAUUACAAGAUCUCGUCGGGAUCACCCCCGCACACGUAAAAAGCGAGAAGGCCUCUCCACAGUCAUCAGUAUCCGCACCGGCACAGAUUAAAAACAGUCCCUUCGCAUUCCUGCACCGCAAAGGCUCCCUCACGGCCGGCGGGUCCGAAGCCCCCCUCAGCACGACGACCGCAUUCACGCUCUCGCAGAUGCAAGCUCUGCGUGCGCUAUCUACUUCCUUGCGCACGAUUACCCCAGACUUAGUGCCAUCUACUUCCGCCGCCGAGGCUAUGGAUGUUGAUACCGACAACGACGGGGAUAAAGAUAAAGAGCGCAAGAGCUGGCGGCGCGAGCGUCUCGAGUACGUCGAGGGCGCUACGAGACGAUACUUGGAAACGGUUGAGGGGCUGGAGCUGGGGCGGCAUGGAGAGGUACGUGAUGGGGAGUGGCAGGGUGCGGGUCGUGGAUUAGCCAGAGAUGAGGUCGGAGGGUUAGAGGGGGUGAUUACGCUGUUAGGAGGAGAUGAGGAAGAGGAGAGGGAACAACAGGAAAAUAAUUCCUCUGGUACGGCGCGGAGAUCGGCAUCUUCGUUGAGGGACGAUCGGAUGGACGAGUCAUAA